ACUGAAUGAAUCAGCGCUCUGUUUCAUUCAUGAACCUGUUGGACGGCCAAGCUCCGCCCCUCCAAGACGGCGUCAGGGAGGCGCUGGUGGAGAAUGAGUAACGCUCAGCGGCAGAUGCGGCUCCCCGUCAGUCUGCCGGUGUCGGUGUGUCGCUGAGCCCAGCGGGGAGACGGCCGGAGUCGGACAGGUGACUCUGCAGGGAUGUCGUCAUCCCUCUUCCUCCUCCUUUUCCUCCUUGUCCCCACCUUGAUGUUAGAGUUUCGUUACCACAGCAACAGUGAGAUUGAGCAGUACCUCCACCAGGUCAGCUCCGCCAACCCCGACAUCACACACCUGUACAGCAUCGGGAAGUCAGUGAAAGGACAGCAGCUAUGGGUGUUGGCUCUGGGUGUCAGCCCUCGCCACCACACUGUCGGAGUCCCGGAGUUCAAAUAUGUGGCGAACAUGCAUGGAAAUGAGGUUCUGGGCCGCGUGCUCCUCCUCCAGCUGAUCGGCGAGCUUGUGCGCGGUUAUCGUGACAACGAAACAUGGUCGUUGCACCUGCUGAACGGCACUCGGAUCCACAUCCUGCCGACGAUGAACCCUGAUGGUUUCGAUGAAGCGGACACACACUGCCUGUUUAGUCAGGGAAGGUUUAACUAUAACGGCGUUGAUCUGAAUAGAGGAUUUCCUGACGCUUUUGCUGGUCUCCGAAAGCAGCAGGAGCUGAAUGAGGAGCAGAGAGAAGCUGAGGUGAGAGCUGUGAUGGGCUGGUUGAGGACCGAGACUUUUGUUCUCUCUGCCAACCUUCACGGAGGAGCUGUGGUGGCCAGUUAUCCUUAUGACAACAGCAACAGAGGUUUUGAUCAGAUGGGCGUGGCCAGCAUCACUCCUGACGACGAUGUGUUUGUCCACCUGGCUAAGGUAUACUCAUUCAACCAUGCCUCCAUGAAGCAGGGGAACCUCUGUGAGGACAGCGGACCUUUCCGGGACGGCAUCACAAAUGGAUACCACUGGUACCCUCUGGAAGGCGGGAUGCAGGAUUACAACUAUGUAUGGGCACAGUGUCUGGAGCUGACUCUGGAACUUUCCUGUUGCAAGUUUCCUCAUUGGAAAGAACUUCCUGCUCUAUGGAUGGACAACAAAAAGGCUCUCCUGGCUUAUAUUCAGCAGGUCCACCUGGGAAUAAAAGGCCAAGUGUUCGAUAGUUCGGGCACGCCGGUGCAGAAGGCAGUGGUGGAGGUUGAGGGUCGCAGGAACAUGUGUCCGUUCAGAACCAACCAAUAUGGAGAAUACUACAGGCUGCUGCUGCCUGGAACAUACACCUUCAGGGUGAUGUACCCGGGUCAUGAGGUUCUGACAGAAACACUCAGCAUCCCAUAUGGUCCAGAUCAGUACUCUGCAAUGAAACACAACUUCAUGUUACGACGCACCACCUCAGCGACUUUCCACUCUCCAGCUGAUCCAAGCUCUUCUUGUAAUUACACAUCACACCCUAAAGGAGGAAGCGCCACGACCCGGUCCACGUGGAGCGGGCUGACAGUAGGGUUCGGCUUAGUGACGCUGUUGCAAUCACUGAUAGAGUGAAGUUAUCCUUCCCAGGAGCUGGUGGUCCCAAGAUUAAUUACAGCAGCAAUACAACACUGUCACUAACACACUGAACCAGACAAAACCCAAACAAAGCAUAAAAAGUUCUGAAGGAAUGAAGAGACUGAAGUUUGGAUUUACAGGUUGCUGCCAGUUUGACGGCUCCAAAACUGUACAGAGUGAAGUGAAGGUGCUGCCAAGUGAUGGUCCUCAAGUAACAUUGUUUUAUCAAUGGUAAUGACCUUAAAAAGCCACAAAAAAUAUAAAAGAAAUGAUGGCUGGAUUCCAUCUAUUUGUUUUUGUUACAGGGUCUUAAUGUGAAAUUUAGUUGUUUUUGCAAUAAAAUGUGCAGCAUAUUUACCAAUAUUUUAAAUAUUCCCAACCACUAAUAUAAUCUUGACAUAAGAACACAGCUUGUUGUGAAACAGAAAAUGAGAAUUUUCAGUCUAACUACAUUUUAACUAAAUUCAGUCCUAAAGGUCAACCUGUUAGACUAACAGCCAGGAUAUCAGGAUUGUUCUACAGUAUUUAUGUUACAUUAACCAGAAACCGGCUAGUUAAAAAAUUUACAUUUAUAUAGGAGGAAAAAGGCUCACAGACUUUGAAAUUUGUACCUUUCAGAAAAGAUUAUCCAUGUAAAGAUGUUCUUUAAAUUAUUUAUUUUAGUAGCUAAGGUGAGUCCCCAACUUCUUGCUAAUGCUGACUAAAACACUGAUCCUUAGCUUAACUUACAUAGUGAAGUGCCUCUGGUGGUAUGUACCACAGUUGAAGAGCAAUGAUCAUGAAGAAAAUUUUAAAAUCACAUUAUUUCAGUUAAAACUUUGUUUUUAUCAGAAAUGAGCUAACACCUACAGCAGAGUGGUGAUAUUUAUUAAGGUAGCAAACUGUUUACAGCUAAUGCUAAAGCUAGAACAUGUUUGGCCACGAUCAUUUUUCUCAUCUUUCACAGGAAAUGAUCCACAUUAAUGAGAUAAUAUUAAACUUUUCACAUUAUUUAUGUCUAUUAGUAACUAAUUUUAACCAUAAAUCUCUAAGACCAAGAUGCCUAAAUCCAGAAAUUUCAGGGUCAAUACUAGCUACAAUUUUAAUUGUAUUUUUUCAGAUAUUUUAUGCCCCUCAGGUGAUUUUAAGUGAUCUCUCCAGUAACUAUAUUUGAAUUACAAAUGACAACAGGAGUUCAGGAAAAUUCUGGAUAAUUAAUCUACAAAUUCAAAAACUUGAGAAAAGUCCUGAUAUUAGACUGAAGUAUAAACAGAACCUCAAAGUGUAAUACUUGGCUGUACCUUCCUGACAUUUCAGCUCCUUGCUCACAGAAAUUAAAAGGGUUUAAUUCUGGUUUUGCUCUCUUCAAAAGACAUCAGGGAGGAAAAAGAUCCACUGCCUGAGGACUUAGUGAAGUAUUUCCUACUGAGAUAUUCCAGCCUGAGAAGCAGAUCCAUUACAGUAUGUUGGGAGUGUAAUAUUAUCUGCGUGGAGAAGCACUUCAAAAUUAGCACUUGAAAAGAGGGAGUUGCUUUUAGUAAGGGUAGAAUUAAAACCAGAGAAUAAGGGCUUUCAAAAUCACAGCUAGGUGAAAAUCUUUGAGAUUAAUCGCUCCCGGUGAUGGUCACUGCCGCUCUUCUAUGUAUGAUGACAAAGAAACAGUCUUCAAAAGAUGUGUUCAUGCAGGUUUUCUUUCUUCCUGUUUGAUCAGCCUGUGCAGUUUUGCAAGGUUUUUAUUUCUUGAGUUCUCAACCUGUGGUUUGUUUAUGAGAGAAACUUAAUCCAUGAUGAAUAGUGAGAUGAUAUAUUUCAUAUUUUCUGACAGGAGAUACAUGAAAUCAAUCUAGCAGGUAGAAAGGCUAGUAAAGAUAGAAACUUCACAAGAAUAGACAAAUAUGUUCUGUCUCCCUGGUCUGCAAAACGAAAUGAGAUGAUUGUCUUCCUGCAGCCCUGGUUUGGGAGCUAUUGCAGCUUGUUCUUGGCACAUAUUGUAAGAUGUACCUGUACCUGAUGCACAUAUUCUGAGCAGAACGUCUUUCUUGUGUGCAUGAAGGUGGUGUGCUGCAGUGGGACCCAUGAAGACUUUCUUUAAGUUCUAAUUUCUCUAUUCUUGUGGAGUAUAUAAGGCCCUAAGUUCUUCUCUUCUUCUCUCAUUAUUAGAUAGAUAGAUAGAUAGAUAGAUAGAUAGAUAGAUAGAUAGAUAGAUAGAUAGAUAGAUAGAUAGAUAGAU